AGAAGAAAAAGGAGAGAGGAGCUGAAGGGAGGAGGACGACGUGACGGGAGGACUCAUACAAAACAGAAGCUCUCAGGACUACGACACACAGACAAACUGGAUCAUAUCUACUGCAGAUUUGGAGAUUUGUGCAGCGGGAUACGUGGUGCCGACUGUUACGCACGACAACGUUUCCCUGCGGUAAAAACCAGCCAGAGUUUUUGGACAGGAGGCGCACGGCUUGCAGAUCUUCCUCGUCAGAAAAAGAAGGUUUAUAGCGGGGAGGUUUACGGAGCAGCGGACUGAAGGCACAGUGGAGGAGUUGGGAUGUCCUGAGUCAGUCCUUCACGGCCCAGAGAGCGCUGUGCUGAUGGGACCUGCUGCGCCACCAUGAGCUUACAAGAUGGCGGCUGCAGUUACGCCAGCAGCGCCAACAUGGCCACAGGUAGUGGCACCAUGCGGCGGCGCCUGGAGGACCAGGAGUUCAGCCUGCGCGUCUACCCAGGCACCCUGGCUGAGGGCACCAUCUACUGCCCCGUCUGCGCCCGCAAGAACACCACAGCUGCUGAAGCCAUCGAGUGCCUCAUCGAACGGUUGCGCCUGGAUCGUACCAAAUGCUACGUGUUGGCUGAGGUGAAGGAGUUCGGUGGGGAGGAAUGGAUCCUGAACCCCUGCGACUGCCCCGUCCAGCGCAUGAUGCUGUGGCCACGGAGCGCCCUGGAGAACCGCAGCGGCCUCGGCAGUGGUGACGACUACCGCUUCCUCCUGCGGGAGAAGAACCUGGAUGGAUCUAUUCAUUAUGGCGGCAGCCUGCAGAUGUGGCUGCGGGUAACUGAGGAGCGCCGCCGCAUGGUGGAACGGGGUUUCCUCCCGCAGCCUGUAGGGAGCGACCCUCCGUCCGAUCUCUGCGCUCUCCCGGAGCUAACAGAGCGCACCAUUUUGGAGAGCCUCCGUGCACGUUUCCGGCAGGAGAACAUCUACACUUACAUUGGGAGUAUUCUUAUUGUGAUUAACCCCUUUCAGUUCCUGCCAAUAUACAAUCCGAAGUAUGUCAAAUUGUACGACAACCACAGACUGGGGAAGCUGGAGCCCCACAUUUAUGCUGUGGCAGAUGUGGCGUAUCACGCCAUGCUCCAACGACGGAAGAACCAGUGCAUAGUCAUUUCUGGUGAGAGCGGGUCUGGGAAGACUCAGAGCACCAACUUCCUCAUUCAUCACCUGACUGCACUCAGCCAGAAGGGAUUCGCUAGCGGGGUGGAGCAGAUCAUCCUGGGAGCAGGGCCUGUGCUGGAGGCCUUUGGAAACGCUAAGACGGCACACAACAACAACUCCAGCCGCUUCGGAAAGUUUAUCCAGGUCAACUACCAGGAGAGUGGCACUGUCAGAGGAGCCUAUGUGGAGAAGUACCUGCUGGAGAAAUCCCGCCUGGUGUACCAGGAGCACAACGAGCGGAAUUACCAUGUUUUCUACUACCUGUUGGCCGGAGCCAGUGAAGAGGAGAGGAAGUCCUUCCACCUGCUGAAACCUGAGGAAUAUCACUACCUCAACCAGAUGACAAAGAAAUCGCACAAACUCCACUGGGACAAUUACUAUGAGAGCGAUCUGCAGGACUCCUUCACAGUUGAAGGAGAGGAUCUGAAACAUGACUUCGAGCGUCUGCAGCUGGCGAUGGAGAUGGUCGGCUUUUUACCCACCACACGCAAACAGAUCUUCUCCCUGCUGUCAGCAAUCCUCCACCUGGGAAACAUCCGCUACAAGAAGAAGACCUACAGGGACGAUUCCAUCGACAUCUGCAACCCAGAGGGCCUGCCCGUCGUCUCAGAGCUGCUGGAGGUCAAAGAGGAGAUGCUGCUGGAAGCGCUGACAACGAGGAAGACGGUGACUGUCGGAGAGAGGCUCAUCGUACCCUACAAACUUGCUGAGGCAGGCACGGUGAGGGACUCCAUGGCCAAGUCCCUGUACAGCGCGCUGUUUGACUGGAUUGUGUUCAGGACCAACCAUGCUCUGCUAAACAACAAGGACCUGGAGGACAGUUCAAAGAUUCUGUCGAUAGGAGUUCUGGACAUCUUUGGCUUUGAGGAUUAUGAGAACAACAGCUUUGAACAGUUCUGCAUCAACUUCGCCAACGAGCGACUGCAGCACUACUUCAACCAACACAUCUUCAAAUUAGAGCAGGAGGAAUACAGGGCAGAGGGCAUCACCUGGCACCACAUCGAGUACAUCGACAACAGCGGCUGCCUCAACCUCAUCAGCAAGAAGCCCACAGCGCUGUUCCACCUGCUGGACGAGGAGUGCAAUUUCCCUCAGGCUUCCAAUCAGACUUUACUGGACAAGUUCAAGCGUCAGCAUGAAGGAAACAGCUACAUCGAGUUCCCCGCGGUCAUGGAGUCGGCCUUCAUCAUCAGACACUACGCUGGGAAAGUCAAAUACGGAGUGAAGGACUUCAGGGAGAAGAACACCGACCACAUGCGUCCCGACAUCGUGGCCUUGCUCAAGAGCAGCAAGAACGCUUUCAUCUGCAGCCUGAUGGGAAUCGACCCCGUGGCGACCUUCCGCUGGGCCGUGCUGCGAGCGUACUUCAGAGCCCUGGUGGCGUUCAGGGAGGCCGGCCGCAGACACACCCACAAAAAGACCGGGAACGACGCAGCAGUCCCCUGCGCUGUCGUCAAAACGGUCGACAGCUUCAGUUUCCUUCAUCACCCGGUUCACCAGAGGAGCCUCGAGAUCCUUCAAAGAUGCAAAGACGAGAAAUACAGUAUCACCAGGAAGAAUCCCCGCACACCUCUGUCAGAUCUUCAAGGCACUAACGCCCUGAAUGAGAAGGCCAGCUGGGAGGGCUAUGGUGUCGGCUGCAACGGUCGCAGCUCCAGGUCUGGUCGUUUGUCCUCGACAGGAAGUCCCGCCCUGGAAGAAGACGGCAUCUUCUUCAACUCGACCAGCAGCAAACUCCUGGAAAGAGCUCAGGGCAUCCUACUGAGGAACAAAAACAUCAAAAGCAAGCCGAGCCUUCCCAAGCACUUGUUGGACGUGAAAUCUCUGCGUUACCUGAGCAGCGUGACGCUCCAUGACCGCAUCACCAAGUCUCUGCUUCACCUGCACAAGAAGAAGAAACCGCCCAGCAUCAGUGCUCAGUUCCAGGCGUCUCUCAAUAAACUGAUGGAGACUCUCGAUCAAUCGGAGCCGUACUUCGUCAAGUGUAUUCGCUCAAACGGCGAGAAGCUGCCGUUGCGUUUCAAUGACAGCCUGGUGCUCCGACAGCUCAGAUACACAGGCAUGCUGGAAACCGUCCGGAUCCGACAGUCAGGAUACAGCAUCAAGUACACCUUCCAGGACUUUGUGCGUCACUUUCACGUGCUGCUGCCUCGAGGCACGAGCCCGACCAAGUCAGGCAUCCGGGAGUUCUUCAGAAGGAUCCACCUGCCACCUGCCGGGUAUCAAGUGGGCAACACGAUGGUGUUCCUGCGUGAGGCGGAGCGCCAGCGUCUUCAGACUCUCCUCCACCAGGAAGUCCUGCGGCGCAUCGUCACGCUGCAGCGCCGCUUCAGGGCCGUCCUGGAGAGGAAGCACUUCGUCGACAUGAGGAGAGCUGCCUUCGUCAUCCAGCGAUGGUGGAGAAGCUGCCUCCUCAAACAGUCCACCAUGGACUCUGAGGAGGAGGAGGAGGCGGCGGUGUGUGUGCAGGCGGCCUGGAGGAGCUACAGGGAGCGCCGGAGGUUCCUGCAGUGGCGGGACUCUGCCGUCGUCAUCCAGAGGAGCUGGAGAAACUGCCGUCGUCGCAGAUCUCUGGCAGCGGUAACGAUUCAAACAGCCUGGAGAGGAUUCAGGGAGCGGAGCCGCUACUGUCAGACGUACAGGAGCGUGACGCAGCUGCAGGCGAUGGGCAGGGGACACCUGGCUCGGCUCAGGUUCAGAGAAGUGAAGGAGCAGCAUGAAAGACAAGAGAGUCCGGCAGCAGAGAUGGAUGCAGGAGCCAUGGAGGACCUCCCCUCGUGCGUACAGGAAGGCUAUGACCCGGACGUUUCUGUAGAACUAGUACCUGUUCGGUUAGACGUGGGAGAGAUGGAGAAAGAAGAGGACUCCGAGCGGAGUCGGAGCACCGAUGAGACGAGCCAUAAGAACCGGUCAAAACGAAAGAGCCGACGGAUGAGAGAGCUGGAGCAGGCUCAGUUCAGCUUAGAGCUUCUCAAGGUCCGAACCACCAGCGUGCAAGAGGAGUCCGCUCCAGACAGCAGCACCUGUCAGCUGGAAGACCCUCGCAGACCUUCCCCCCGGGGAUCUCCUGCCAGUCAUGAAAGUUUUGAGCUGCUCAAUGUGGAAGACAUGGAGACCGAAGGCUCGACUGCACAUUCCCAAGCACUGGAUCUCCAGCUGCACGAGGGGCUGAGAGAUUCAAACUUCAAUGAGAAGACGGAGCCGCCAAACGAGGCCGAGGGUCCCAGGGCGACGUUUUAUAUUGCUUCUGACCAAAGUCCGGUUCAUGAACCAAAAUUCGAAAGCCCCGCCAAACCCUCCGGAGAGAGAGGAGAGUCCACGUCUCGGAGGCCUGUGGUGGUGUUGAUCAGCAUGCAGAAGGAGAGCCCAGUGGAGGAGGGGGAGCUGCUGGCAGCCCAAACCCUAGAAGGAGCUUCUGAAACAGGAGCAGCACCCGAAUCCCAAAUGACCCCCUGCUUGGAGGUAGUAUCAGAGACGGAGCAGCCGCCUGGGGUUGUCGCCCAGGCUGAGAGUGAUGUAUGUGGGGCGGAAAGAUCUUCUGAGGUCCCGCCAUCAAGUCCAGAAUCGGGGAUUUGCUCCUCGGAGGUGGACAUCAAGAUCGUCCUGGAGCCCAGCGUUCCCGCUGUCCUCCCCAGGCAGCCGGAGAGGAAGGCGAUCCGGCCCGCACAGCAGGCGCCGAGCCCGGUCCUGGACACCAAACCACCGAAAGCUCAGAAAAAGAGCUCAGCCCAGACUGUGAUCGUGAACAUGGUGGAGAAAUCCCCCAACACUGUGUUCUCCCCACCCAGACGCAAGCUGCCCUUCUCUAAGUCAGAUAAGGAUUUAGUGAACCAGGAAAGAUCUCUUGCCAUGUUCAGAGACGACUCUAAAUCUGCUGGAUCCAGAAACAGAGAGCAGGUGGGCCGCCCCGGCCCCAAAAAGAAAGCGCGAAUGUCCCGGACGCGCUCCGACUUCCUCACCCGCUGUAACUCUGAGGGGGCGACCCAGUCGGACGACGACGAUGAAUACUACACCCCCGCCCACACCCACACGCUGCCCCCUUCCCUGUCUCCCCCACACGCCCACCCCGAGGCCGACUGUCACAGUGACUGCGAGAUGCCAUCUCACAAAGACCAGAAGAAGAUCCAUAAGACCAUGUCGUCAGGAGACCUGGGCAAGGUGGAAGUCCUCAGGAAGACCUCCAGUCAGGAUGGAAGCAGGAUGAAAGGAAGGAUAAGAUUCUGGAGUAAGACGAAGCACAGCGAGAAAAAACAGUCGAGAGAGCAGCAGCAGGCCGGCAGGAGUGAAGCGGGAGAGACGCACGAAGGCCCUUCUUCUCCUCCUCGCAGUCCAGAUUUGGAGGCCGCUCCCUCUCGGGGGGUCAGGGACAGCAAGGAGAACAAGGAGCCGUCUCCUAAGAUGAGGAGGCGUCGCAGUGUGAAGAUCAGCAGCAUCGCUCUGGAACCCGGCCAGUGGCAAAACGACGCGCUGCACAUCCUCAGCUCAGCGCACGACUACCGCACCAUGAACGACUUCCUCAUGAAGAAGAUCGCCGACCUGGAGUCUGAAGACGGUAAGAAGGACACCAUGGUGGACGUCGUCUUCAAGAAAGCGCUGAGGGAGUUCAGGAUCAACAUCUUCAACUCCUACUCCACCGCCCUGGCUAUGGAUGAUGGGAAGAGUAUCCGUUACAAGGAUCUCUACGCCCUGUUCGAGCACAUCCUGGAGAAGACGAUGCGUCUGGAGCAGAGGGACUGGUGCGAAUCGCCGGUGAAGGUGUGGGUCAACACCUUCAAGGUCUUCCUGGACGAGUUCAUGACCGAGUACAAGCCGAUGGAGGGAACGAUUGGCAGGGCUCCUAAACGCGAACGCAAGAAGUCGAGGAAGAAGGAAACGGACAUCGUGGAAGAACACAACGGACACAUCUUCAAGUCCACACAGUACAGCAUCCCCACCUACUGCGAGUACUGCUCCUCCCUCAUCUGGAUGAUGGACCGAGCCUGCGUCUGCAAACUGUGUCGCUACGCCUGCCACAGGAAGUGCUGCUCCAAGAUGACCACCAAGUGCAGUAAAAAGUACGAUCCGGAGCUGUCGUCGCGGCAGUAUGGCGUGGAGUUGUCCCGUCUGACCAGCGAGGAGCGAACCGUGCCCCACCUGGUGGAGAAACUCAUCAACUACAUCGAGAUGCACGGCCUCUACACGGAGGGGAUCUACAGGAAGUCGGGCUCCACCAAUAAGAUCAAAGAGCUCCGCCUGGGGCUGGACACAGAUGUGAACGCUGUGAACCUGGAUGACUACAACAUCCACGUCAUCGCCAGCGUUCUCAAACAGUGGCUCCGUGACCUGCCCAGCCCUCUCAUGACCUUUGAACUGUACGAGGAGUUCCUCAGGGCCAUGGGUCAGUCAGACAAGCGGGAGGUGAUCCGAGGGGUGUAUUCAGUGAUCGACCAGCUCAGCAGGACACACCUCAGUACUCUGGAGCGCCUCAUCUUCCACCUGGUCAGGAUCGCUCUGCAGGAGGAGACUAACAGGAUGUCAGCCAACGCCCUCGCCAUCGUGUUCGCUCCCUGCAUCCUUCGCUGCCCCGACACCAUCGACCCGCUGCAGAGCGUCCAGGACAUCAGCAAGACCACCGCGUGUGUGGAGCUGAUCAUCAACGAGCAGAUGAGCAAGUACAAAGCUCGUCUGAAGGACAUCAGCAGUCUGGAGUUUGCAGAAAGCAAAGCCAAGAGCAGACUGACCCACAUCAGGAAGUCCAUGUGCAAAGGUCGUGUUCGGCCAAGCAGCAUCCACACGCCCUCGCCUCCUCUCAGCCCUAAAGUGCCCACAGUGGUGGUGGAUGGAGAGAGUGAAGGAGGUGGAGGUGAAGGUGGAGGAGGUGAAGGAGAAGGAGGUGCAGGUGAAGGAGGAGGAGGAGAGGAUGCAGCAGAGGUCAGGCUGAAUGAUCAGCAGCAUCUGGCGAUGCAGCAGGAAGAGCGAAUCCUCACAGAGCAGAUCGAAAGUCUGCAGAAAGAGAAGGAGGAGUUGACGUAUGAGAUGUUGAUCUUGGAGCCGCGGACGUCCGACGAUGAGACUCCUGAAUCUGAAGCCUCCAUCGGCACAGCGGACAGCUCCGAGAACAUCACCAUGGAGACGGAGGGAGCCACAUCAGACCCCUCUGAGCGUGGCACUUAUCACUCCAGGAAGUCUGAGUCAAAGGGCAGGCGAGUUUUACGCCGUCAGCCCGACUCCCAGGACUCUGCCGACUCCAUCUCUACCAUUUCCUCCUGCUUCCCCUCCUCCUCUCUCUCCUCCAACGCCUCCGGCUCUCCCUCCCCUCACUACCGGUUCCGCUCCUCCUCCUCCGGGCCGCUGCUUUCCUCCUGCGGUUUGGGGGCCCCGUUGGCAGAAGCGGAGGGGAGCCACGGCGCCGGUAAGAGCCGCCACAGGCUCAGGCUCAGCCGCAGCUCACCGCGCGAGCCCUCGGGAAGCCACCGCAGGGAUUCGGACUUCGGCUCGGGGCCACAGCAGCUGGUUCUGUACGGCAGCAACGAGUUCAUGGUGUGAAGCCGAGGAGGGAAGGAACAGCAGCCGCCG